AUGCUGCAUGUUUUUAAUGGUCCAGUUGAGCCAGUUUCAUUGGCUGAAUUCCAAGAGGCCAAGGGAAAGAAAACUUUAUUCACAUAUCGCACCAAGCAAAAAGUCAGUUAUCAUAAAGAUGGACGACGAUUUGUUGACGACAAAAUUGAAAAUGAACAAAGUGUUUCCAAUCUAUGGUCUACGGCUUUAACACGUUCAGUAGCACAGGAUCUGAAGGAUCGAUCUAAUGAAGAUUUCACAUCUAAUGAAGAUUUCACUUGCAAUAACGGACUUACACGACACGUGCCUUAUUUGUUGCAACAACCCGUAUUACAUCGCAACAUACGGACUACAUUCGUCUUGAUAGCAGUGAAUAUUAUACUCAUUUUACUGUUCUACAUUUUUGUGUUCUGA